AUGAGGCUCGAUUUUCUCAUUCUUUCAUCUCUCUUGGCUUCCAUUGCGUCGGGCAUCCUUACCAUCAAGCCCCCGAAUCGAUUCGCAGAUGACACAGAUGACUUGAAGUCUCAGGUCCUGCAAGUCACGAAUGAUAUCAGAGCCAAGGUGGCUAAUGCUCUAGGCCACCGUGAGGAGAGGGUAAAAAGGCGAAGCAUUCAAUCGUCUUGUACAGCUAAGAGCUUGGUCCUCCGACGUGAAUACGGCUCACUCUCCGUGAAAGAAAGGCUGGCCUACGUAAACGCCGUCAAGUGCUUGCAGCGCCUGCCUGCUCGGACGCCAGCCAACGUCUCGCUGGGUGCUCAGUCUCGAUUCGACGACUUCGUUGUGGUUCACAUUCAGCAGACGAGAACAAUUCAUUUUACUGGUAACUUUAUGCCCUGGCAUCGGUGGUUUCUGUACACCUACGAGAAGGCCCUUCGAGAGGAAUGCGGUUACAAGGGUUAUCAGCCAUACUGGGACUGGCCCAAAUACGCUUCAGCCCCCGAGAAGUCUCCCAUAUUCAACGGUGAUCCCUAUAGCUUGGGAGGCAAUGGAGAUUACGUCCCUCACAAUGGACCUGUUAUUUCGCCUCCAGAAGGCAUAGCUGGUAGCCAGCUUCAGCUGCCCGCAGGUCUUGGGGGUGGUUACGUCACCACAGGUCCAUUUGCCAACAUGUCCGUCAACCUUGGACCAGGUGAGAAUCUUGGGUAUAACCCGCGUCGCCUGAAGAGGGACGUUGGCCCCGCCCUGAACCAGAUUUAUGGAAACUACACGACUGUAUUAGAACUUCUGAAGAAACCCAACUUCGACGAGUAUCGACUACUAUCUGAAGGCGUGCCAGGCACCGCAGAUUUGGGGCCUCACGGCGGCAUGCACUUUACUAUCGGUGGAGACCCUGGAGCUGAUCUAUUUACCUCCCCUGGUGACCCCGCGUUCUGGGUGCACCAUGGUAUGAUGGAUCGGAUGUGGGCAUUAUGGCAAGCUUCAAACCCCAACACGCGCAAGUUUGACUUGGGCAGCGGAAAUUAUAGUCACAUAACCUGGGAUAACAAGCCGGAAUCAAGAAAAGUGAGCCUUGAUGACGUAUUGGACAUGGGAUACGCUGGAAAUUCAGCGACAAUUAGAGAUGUUAUCGAUACAACCUCAGGGCCUUUUUGUUAUUUUUACUACUAA